GUAUGCACGUGCUCGCAAGUCGCAAGAACUCGCUUGAUUUUCAAAUCCAAGUUAUACGCAAGCUGUUUUGAGGUUAAUUUAGUUUUUGUAAUAAUUUGUUAAUAUUCUAUUGGAAUAUGGUAAUUCUAAUGUACAUUUCAAUAUGGAACAACAAAAUAUUGGCAAUAAUUCAUUCACAUUUACAAUCAACAAUUUUAGAAAAAAACAAAAGGAAGUUUUUCAUGGAUCAAAAUUGUUAUUGAGAGACUAUUCUAAAUAUAAUAUUAAUAAGCCUGGAAGAAACCAGUGGCUUAUAGGAGAUAGUUCCUUAAAAAGCAACCAAAAGAAGAAACAAAAUAAUUUGGUUAGAAUUAGCGAUCUUACUGAUCAACAGAAAAAAUGUGAGGAUAGUCUCAAUACCGUAAAACGUAAGAAGCGCAAAAAGAGAAAAAAAAAUAACGUUGAAGACAUGCAACAAAAGUUUUUUGAAAGCAAUGCAGUAAAUGGUAAAAAAUAUACAACAAACCCUAAAAGUGAAUUAAAUACAUCUUUUAGAGACACUAAUUACAAAAAAUCAAUCGCAUGUCCGUUAGGCACGUCGAAUGUUUCGAUGACUUCCCACGUUGUAAAUCAUUCAAAUAGAAAUUCAAAUGAUAUUAGAAGCACAGUUUCAAGUAACUACAAUGUUAGUUACAAGCAAAAGAAGAAAAGAAAAAAAUUAGAAAAGCAGAAGUAUGAUACUAUUAACAAAUUUAGAGGCAAUAGUAACACAAGUGAAUCAAAUUACAGUGGUCAAUUUGCAUUAAAUGGCUCUGAAUCUAAAGUAGUUAAUAAACAGGAUUUAGAUUUGCUUUAUUUUGAUAUAUAUGGGAAUGGGAGAACUAGUAAAGAACAAGAAGCAAAUAAAAAUGUAGUAUGUAAUGGUUCUCACAUAAAUAUAUUUAACUGUGAUACUUCUAAUAACUGUAAUGAUAAAAAAACUAUGUUACAGCAAAGUGAAAAUCGAAGAAAGAAAAAAAAAGAUAAUGUUAACGAAUCUAAUAAUUUCAAUUUUCUGUUUUAUAAUAUAAAUAAAGAUUCAGAUCAGAUAUGUGAUAAAAAUGAUGUUCUGAUAGAGACUGGUUUAGAAAAUAAUUUAGAAUCUGAAGAGGUAGCUGUGAUGAGUAGUGAGGAUAAAGAGAGAUUCAAUGUACUUGGUAAAGAGUCAAGAAAACGUAAAAAGAGAAAUAAAAAUGCAGGAACCUCUAUAAACAUUUUGGAUUCUGAGGAUGAAGUAAAAUUAAAUAAACAUAUUUUACUAGAAGAUAAUGGGACAAAAAGAACAGAAAAUAGUUUUAAAAUGCAGGAUAAAUUGAAAAAGAAGAAGAGUCGAAAAAAGUCUGUUGAUUUGAUAGUAAAUGUUUCAGACAGUGACUGUGAGUUUAUUGAUUUUGAUAAUUCAAUUUCAAAGACAAAAGGCAAGCAUAAUACAUAUAAAAUCGACGAAAAAGAUUCUAAACCGAAACACAAGACAAGAAUAAUGGAAAAUAAUAUGCAGGAAAAUAUUCUUGGAUUCAGUAAUGCUAACACUAAAAAUGCUUUACUAAAAAUGUCAGAAAAAAGUAGUGAAGAUAAUAAAGAAUCUGAUGAACUAAAUGUAGUAGAUGAUUGUAAGUUUCUUAAAGUUAAAAAGAAAAAAACUAAAUCUCAAGCUGACAAUAAUAUAGGUUAUACAAAAAACAUGAGCAAGUUUAAAAAAGAUGUUGAGGAUGUACAUGAUACUAAUAUUUCAAGAGAAGAUGUAUUUGAUUGUAAUAUAAAUUCACUGGAAAAUAAAAACAAUUCAUUACCUGUAACACCAGAUACUAAAGCCUGUGAAAUUGUAAAAGCUGCAGAAUUGAAAACCCAUGUAAAUGAGAAUGAUGGAGAAUGUGAGAUUAUUGAUUUUGUUAGUUCAAAUAGGAAAAAGAAGAAGCAACAAUUUAUUAAUGUUGAAUUGGAUGCUAUUUAUUCACCCAAAAGGAAACAAAAGGUACAAGCAAAGGAAACUGAUGUUCAAGAAAAUACACAUGAAACUACUAACACAUCGAAAUUAUUGAGAAAUAUCAAUAAAGAUGAUAGCGAAUACAGUGAAAUGAAUAUAACUGAUGAUUUUAAGCGUGUCAAAUCCAAAAAGAAAAAACAUAAAAAUUACUCUAACAGUAAUAUUUUAAAUAUUCUUAAGAAAGAAGAAAUAGAUGAGGAAGAUGAUGUACAUUACCAAAAUUUCAGGGAACUCAAUGACUCUGAAUCUACAGAAGAGGAACAAGAUUCAAAUGAUAAAUUCAAAUAUUCCAAACAAUAUGGAUUCACCUCUAAAAAUUAUAUGGCAAGUGGAGGCAAAUUAUUUUAUGAAUCGCCAGGAAAUAAGAGUUAUACAAUGUCUCAAGAUGUACAAACAAAUACAAACAGAAGGAAUGAGCAAAGUCAAAUUGGAGAUAAUGAUACAUUGACGAUUAUUUCUGAGGAUGAAUGUGAAAUUAUCGACUAUGUUAGUUCAAAUUCAAAGAAAAGGAGGAAACGUGUUACUAGUACAAAAUCAGAUGUCUACAAUACACCCAAAAAGAAAUAUAACACAACAAUAAAAAUUGUUGAUAAUAAUGAGAAUUCUGCAACAGUGUCAAGAAAAAAUAAUUACGAUGCAAGUAUAUCCAAAGGACAAACUGGAAAUAGUGCUUCAGAUGUUGAAAAACAGAAAAUAUUUAAGGAAGUCAAUAAUAAACAACAAGAGCAUUACAACAAACUAGAUACGGUUAAAUCCCUAAAAGAGGAAUGGUGUUGGGACGACGAAUUAGGGAACCAUUAUAGUAUUUCACAUAAAAACAAUGAGAUGGCGUGUGUAACUAAAGACGAUAAAUCUGUAGAAACUAAAACCGAGAUACAGGAAACCAGUACAAACAGUUUAACCAGUAACGUAAAGCUUGAAUGUUACAGUGAUAAACCAAAUAUUGGAGUAUUUACACUUAGAACUGAUUUAAAUUCACCAACUAAAACAGUUCAAAAAUCAGACGAAAUGGAAAUUAAAGAUGAUAAUCAAGAUGACCCGAGCAAUUCAAAAAGUGAAUCAACAUUUUUAGAAGAAGAAACGAACAAAGUGGAUGAGAAAGUUAAAAAUAUUAAAACACCAAAUAGUUCUGAAAGUGAACAUGAGAUAAUCGACUACGUUGGUUCAAGUACUAAGAAAAAGAGAAAACAUAUCACUGGUGAGGAGUUAGAGGCCCGUAAUACAAACAAAAAGAAAUGCAAAACAGCAAAGGUGAAAAACGAAGAAAACGUUGAAAUUCGUAAUGCAUUAAAUAAUUUACAAUACAAUGAAAAUGAGUUGAGUGGAAAAAAUCCAGCCGAUGAUUAUAAUUUAGUCAAAGUUGAAAAGAAGAAACAUAAAUUCUUGGAAAUUCGAACUGAUGUAGAUUACGUCGAGAAACAGGAAACUAUUAAAGAAGAAGUCGAUAAUGAACGGCAAGAGAAUCCUUUUGAACUAGUUUUAGUUAAUUCUCUAAAAGAGGAACAUUAUCAGGACGAAUUAGAAGAUUGUAACAGUAUUUCAUUGAAAGAGAACGACUUGAGCAGUGUCUAUGAAACUGAGGACGACAGUACACAUGAAUCUCAGAAAAUUUUUAACGACUGUCAGUCUUCAGACAGUUCUGAAAAUGAGGACAGUACACAUGGAUCUCAGGAAAUUUUUAGUGACGAUCGGUCUUCAGACGGUUCGGAAAUAAUCGGUUCUAAAUGGGGAUAUGCGCAAUAUAAUACUGAGGUGGACGAAGAUGGUACAAAUAAUUCGACUAAUGAUGCAUUAAACUCUUAUGAAUAUCAUAUCGAUAAAGUAAAUAUUGAUGCAAUUACAAAGGAUUCAUAUGUAUCAGAUCACAUAGAAAGUGAAGAGGAUGAGGACAGAAAAAAGGAAAGUCCAGAUAAAAUCAAGAGGAAUGAGGAGAGUAUUCGUAAAAGACAAAGGAAGUCGAUUAUACCGGUAAUAUGCACCGAUCCAGAAGAACUUGAGGAUGACAUUGAGAAGCUGAGGAAUUUAAUAGUCCUGUUCCCUUUCAGUAUACCUCCUUUGCAUGCUUUAACAACCAGAACGACUACACCGACAAAGGAAUUGCUAGAAAAAAUUCGACAACAGAAUUUGUCGAUAAAAAGUGGACCUUUCAGCAAAGAAGAAGACGAGAAGAUCAUAGAAAAUUGGAAACAGUUAUGCAGAGAACAUGGUUUGGGGAUGAACCCUUCCCUAUUUUUCAAAUUUCCUACGAAAAUGAAGAUGGAAACGAAAGUAGACAUCCUACGUUACCUAGCACACGACAUGGACGAUCGCCUCGUGCACCGAGUAUAUAUUAGAUUUCGGCACCUACUUCAACAAGACCAUAUAAAAACCGGACGGUUCACCCCCGAGGAAGAUGAAAUGUUAUUAGAGUUUCUGAGGAACACGCACUCGGGGCGUCCUUUUAGUGAUUUAUCUAAACUACUCCGUCGCACCAAAACAUCUGUUGAAAGACGCUAUAAUCUACUGACGAAUAAUGAUAAUAAAGUAACUCAUUGGACUGUAGAAAUGGUCGAUAGGUUCGUUAAGGCGCUAAUGAAAAUUACGAAAUGUGAAAAGGUAAAGAAACUGAAGCAUAGAGAGUUUACGAAUAAAGAAUGGCAAAAGUUGUCCAAAAAAUUGGAUAAUAUACCUAUUAAAAAAUUACAACGUGCAUGGAAAGUUACAAUAUAUCCCCGAUUGUUUUCUAAGGAAGUUGAUAUGAGAGAAGUGAAGGAGGAUAUAAUAAAUAUUUUAUGUGAUCGAAACGAAACAGAUUGGAGAACGGUGAACUGGAAGGAAAUAGCAAAGCACUUUAAAGGUGUCACUGCGGAUAAAAUAUACAUGAUGUUUAAACAACUGAUACACUUCCACGUGCCUAGACAUAAACGUAGUGAUCUUAAAGAGUGCCUGGAUUUCUUGAACAGUAUGCUCUCGAGAUAUGGUAGGUUACAUUCUACACAUAAAUUUAAAAAAUUUAUCGUUAAAAACGGCCACAUAACUUAUAAUAUUGAAAACUCCAAUUAAUAAUCGUCAUGUUUAGUUUGAUUUAUUUUUUAGUUUUGACGUUUUAAAUAAGAAGACUUUUGUUAUUGUAAAAAACCUUUUAUUGAAAAAAAA